AAAUACGAAAUCUCUCGUCGGAAUUUGAGACUCGGAUGCUGAAACCUCCCUAUUAUACACAAAAAUGCGCAAUUCUUCGCCGCCGCAGCAACAACCGGCGGAUGCGCCUGAGCGGCCUCUGCGAGAGGCGGAGGAGCGGCUGCGAGAGGCCAUAGAAGAUCUGCAGAUUCGGCAGAGGCGCGCCAAGGGUGGGCUCCAACAUCCAUGCGAUCACGCCGAUGAGUCCUGCGUUGCUAACGCCGUUGGAAACCUAUGCCAGAGUUUUCUCCUCUCUUAUGGCAUUCGCGUGGGAAUUGGAAUCCUCCUCCGCGCCUUCAAGCUCGCACGCGUCAAGUCUUAUUCGUCUCUCCUCGAUCUAAAGCAACUGGUAUCCGAGAAAGACCUAAUAGUAAGAGAGGAAGCAUGUCGAAUUGGUUUGCUCUUUGGGGGAUUCACUGGUUCCUAUCAUGCUCUUAGAUGUUUGCUGAGGAAGUGGAGAAAGAAAGAAACGCCAAUAAAUGCAAUUUUAGCAGGUUCAGUAGCAGGUUUGUCUAUUUUGGCAUUAGAUGAUUCCAGCAAGAGACGCACACUUGCUUUAUAUCUUUUGGCUAGGCUUGCUCAGUGUGCAUAUAAUUCUGCUAAGUCGAAAAACAAAUUUCACCUUUGGGGAAGUCAUUGGAGUCAUGGAGAUACUCUUCUCUUUGCAAUAGCAUGUGCACAGGUUAUGUAUGCCUUCAUAAUGCGUCCUGAGAGCUUGCCAAAGUCGUAUCAAGAUUUUAUUCAGAAAACUGGGCCAGUUGCUAAACCUGUGUAUAAAGCUGUGAGGGAUUGUUGUAGGGGAUCUCCAGUUGAUGUCGUCUCACUAUCUGCUUAUCUGUCCACCACAAAUGUUCCCAGCACAGUAAAGUUGGAAGAGUUCCCCACUAUUAUCUCCUGUUCUAUGAUCCACCCAGGCACAAACUCAUGCUUGCUACAUAAUGCCAGUGCUGCAUCAGCUACUUUCAGGAAAACAUUUCCUCUGUACUUCUCUUUAACGUUUGUGCCCUUUGUUGUUCUUCGCUUGCAAAAGUUCAUGGAUGCUCCAGUUCGCACCUGCUGGCGUGCUGUUAUGGGAGCUGCUCGCUCAACAACUUUCUUGUCUGCUUUUGUUGGAAUUUUUCAGGGGGUUAUAUGUGCCCACAGAAAAAUAGCAUUGAAGGAUCACAAGCUUGUAUAUUGGGUUGCUGGAGGAAUAGCUGCCCUUUCUGUACUAUUAGAAAAGAAAGCUCGACGUGGUGAACUCGCUUUGUACGUUCUUCCACGAGCAGGAGAAUCUUUGUGGUAUAUUUUAGUGAACCGCCGAUUGCUUCCAGAUAUCAAGAAUGCUGAGGUGGCUUUGUUUUGCGCAUGUAUGGGUGGAAUAAUGUACUACUUGGAACAUGAACCAGAUACCAUGGCUCCAUUCCUCAGGGGAUUGAUUCGUCGCUUCCUUGCCAGCAAAAUUAGCAAUCCAAGCGUUUCAUCAAAUCGUAAUGCUUCUUAUACGUACCUACAAACUCUGGAUGCCAUUAAACAACCGAAGGUGCAGGACAAUUCUGACAAUGGAACUUCGUCCCAAGAAAAAUACAAUCUUGAGUCCAUUCCUGGACUCUGAGCCGUUUUUCAUUGCUCAAGAAACAUAACUAUUUGGAGUCCAGAAUGAACUUUUGGCAUUGAUUCAUUCAAUUCUAAUUUGUAAUUGGGGCAGCUCAGUUUCUGUCUGAAUAAUCGUGACUCGGAGGGGUUAAUGGAUUUUUUAAUCGUUACCCUUCUGCCACUUUGAAUCUGGCUCCAACUGAAUUGGAUCGUUUGCGUUUUAUUCUCUGAGCUUAUCUGUUCGUAUGUAGUAGGAAAGGAUUAUCUUAUGUAAACAAUUGAAGCUUGUAUGGCUCUUUUUGUAAUAAGGGUGAUAUUUAUCUGAUUCAUUCUUUUUUCCCUGCCAA